UUGGCCUCCUCCUUGGGUCAUUGUGGUAUUUAGGGUCAGACAAGAGCUCCAGUCAUUGCGCCUUCCCCAGCGACUUCCAGGCAGCACUGCAGCCAAUUUACGCCAGCUUUUCUGGCUCAGUUGCCUCAAACAGCUAUGGAAAACCGCCUUGGCUGUAACAAGCCCUGCAUCCGCCUCCUAGCCAACGGAAAAGCUGGAUAUAGGAAAAACAACACUGUGCAGAAGUGGAGCCUUUUUGCAUUGGAGGCUCUAGAUGGAUGAGAGCUAUAAAACAUCUUUACUUUUCUUUCUGAGAGAGCUCUUCUGUUGAGAACUUUUUCCUUUUCCUCCCAGCUCUCCUGCUUUUCCCCUUGGUGCUCCGUUACCCACGGUUACCCUAGGAGGAUUGUGAUUCGCUGCCACUUCGAAGCCGGGAGGGAGAUUCCACGUGUCCUCCAGUGUGUCUGGGUGUGUGAGUCAGAUGCAGUGUGUAUGUUGCUUUAAGACUCAACAAGCCUUCACAGGGAGAAUCCACUCUGAGAUCAGAGAACACCAGCUAGAUUUCUCCUUUGCAAGCUGUUCAAAGAGCUUUUAGAUUAAAGCCAAAGAGAUGAGCCAGACGACAAAGGGAUCAGUUUUAUUUUGAGAAAUGAGGCGGAGGGAACCUUGCACAUAGAAGCUCCAAUCUGAGAAGAGACUUCCAGACAGGCAGAUAUGGGAAAUUCAGAGAGCCAGUAUAGCAUCCAGGGCCCCAAAGGCACCAGCUUUGUUUUCCCUGGGAAAUCAAGGCCAUACUCACUGAAGUUCCGUUCAGCCAAAGAUGAUGCUCUGUCUCCCCAUACGUGGUGGAAAAGUGCCCCAGUAGGCUCAGGGUACAAGGCCAGGUGUGUAGGCCGUGGCUGUCUGUCCCCCCCUAAAAGCCGACAGCCUUACUCACCAAGGCACUGUGACUAUGUUUCAAAGGGAGCAAGGGGCAGCCCAAGUGAACAUCGCUGGCAUCGAUCAUCUGGAUGCGGUAUCCGAAGGCGACAUAUGUCAGACGACUACGAAGAUAAUCCAUAUGGUGCUGAACUUAAUGGGCACACCUUGAAUGGACACACUGAUGAGGCUUUAGAGGAACAGAGCAGUCCACGAGUGGUGAUCAAGAAGGAUGGCAGUCUCAGGGUGGAGUUCACCAACACCUCGGGCAAUCCCCUCCUCCUAGAUGAGGCUUCUGGCCCUGUACAACUGCUCAAGUUCUCUCCCAACCUGGAGUCUGCCUCCACUCCCAGUCUGCCAGGUUCAAGUGGUAGUAGGCAGGAUGAUCACCGCAGUGGGCCACCACCAGCCUCUACAUCCUCUACAGCCAGGACAAGCAAAGGAAGCUCACUGAGCUCUGAUGGUUCCUGGUAUGACUCUCCCUGGGGACCCAGCACAGAGCUGUGUGAACAGGACCAACCUUGCUCCACCAGCAGGACCCUAGUCCAUUCCCCCAUUCACCAGCUGGACUCCUUCUCUGAACAGUCUCCACCUGCAUCCAUCACAGACCUCUACAAAGACUCCACAAUGGCUGCUACCUUUCCCACUGCCAGGGACCUGUCCUCCCAGUUACAAGACCCUCUACCGGGCCAGAGGCCACAUCGAGCUUCUUUUGCAUCUGUUCUGGAUGUUCCACUGGAGGAAGAAUGCCUUGAGGUCCGCCAGUACACAUCAUACACCCUGCCCUGUCGCAGGCCCAAAGCCCACACCAUGAGUGAGGAUCUUGACCAGUAUCCUGACCAGGAACAGCCCCACGAGCAGGCUGGACCUGAUUUUGGCUUCCAUAAAAAAGACUCCAUCAAAAACCGCAUCAGACGCCUCAGUGACUGGACAGGCAGCCUCAGCCGCAAAAAAAGGAAGUCUCAGGAGACCAGGUACAGGGACCUCAGUGAUGCCUUUGACAGUGGGGUUGAUGGCCUGACUGCAGACACCAGCUCGCCUUCCCAGGUCUCUAGCCUCCUCUGGUUCCCAGGAGCCUCCAGGACCCAGUCAUCAGGAGCCAUUCAUCAAACAACGAGCGAUGCCAUCCGGCAGAAUAUCUAUGAGAACUUCAUGAGGGAGCUGGAGACAGGGACCGGACAGGGGGGAGUGGGAGGUGGUGAGAGAAGAGACCCCUCCACGGGCACAGAAGAGGGGGAGAGCAGCAGCGAGUCGGCUGAAGGCUCCCUGGAGCAGCUGGAUCUGCUGUUUGAAAAGGAGCAGGGGGUGGUCAGAAGAGCUGGCUGGCUUUCUUUCAAACCCCUUGUCACCCUGCACAAGGACAGGAAGCUGGAGCUGAUGACCCGCCGAAAGUGGAAGCAGUACUGGGUGACCCUUAAAGGAUGUACUUUGCUGUUCUAUGAGACAUAUGGUAAAGGCUCUGCAGAGCAGGAGCUGUCACCUCGCUAUGCUCUCCUGGCUGAGGACAGCAUCGUCCAGGCCGUUCCCGAGCACCCCAAGAAGGAGAAUGUUUUCUGCCUCAGCAACUCAUAUGGAGAUGUGUAUCUCUUCCAGGCCAGCAACCAGACUGACCUGGAGAACUGGGUGACAGCCAUCCAUUCUGCCAGUGCCUCACUGCUGGCCAAGCGCCAGGGAAAGGAGGAUACAGUGCGCCUUCUGCGGAGCCAGGUCCGUGGCCUGCUGCAGAAAAUUGACAUGGACGGGAAGAUGAAAAAGAUGGCUGAGCUGCAGCUGACCGUGGUCAGCGAUCCCAAAAACCGCAAAGCUAUUGAAAACCAGAUUCAGCAGUGGGAGCAGAACCUGGAGAGGUUUAACAUGGAUCUGUUUAGGAUGCGCUGCUACCUGGCAAGUCUACAGGGUGGAGAGCUGCCUAACCCAAAGAGCCUGCUAGCAAUUGCCAGCCGUCCCACCAAAACCAUACUGGGACGCCUUGGGAUCUUCUCUGUCUCCUCCUUCCAUGCACUGAUCUGUUCCAGAGAUGAGGCCACACUCAGGAGGCGCUCAUUGUCCCUGACUUACAAACAGCGCAAGAGAGGCCUUUUCUCUUCGCUCAAAGGCCUGGAUAACCUUACAAAGAGAGGUCGGGAUAAGAGGCCCUCUGCCUCACAGAUCUUUGAGAGCGAUGCUGGAGGUCAAACCUUCACCCUACCUCCUAGGAGCAGUGAGAGACUGGAUGUGCUGACCAGCAUCUACUCCAUGUCGCCCCCUGAGGGCGGUGUGUGGGAUGGCAUCAGCUGUGCCACAGAUGUACUGACGUGUGUCUUCAUGCCAGACGGCUCGACAGUCCAGGUUCCUGUCAGAAAAGACCAGACAGCCGCCGACCUUCUCUCUGCAGCCUGCAAGGUGAAGCAGCUGGACCCAGGCCUGCACUGCCUGCAGCUGCACAGACGAGCGGGGCAGGACGUGGAGGUUCGAUACGUGGCUCCCGGAGAGCUCCUCCGCGAUGUGGUCAGUGAUCAUUUGGAGGUAGUCCCAGUUAAUGUGUUUACGCUGCACAUGAGCAGGCCGAGCAGAAAUGGAGACUUUGGUUUUGCAGUGACAGGACACAUAGACAGCCAGAGAAACAGCAGGAUUUUUGUCAGUGAAGUGCUUCCUGAUGGACUGGCAUUCAGUGAAGGUCUACUUCCAGGUGAUGAGAUCCUGGUGUUGAAUGGACGGUGUGUGUCGGGCCUGGACCUGGCACUGAUCCAGACACUGUUUGCUGAACAAACCCUGCGCCUGCGACUGAGGCGGGAUGGACCCCGACCACCAAGCGUGGCCUCCAACCACCUGGCCCCUCCUCCCAAACACCACCAAGAGGUUCACAGCAAGCACCAUCGAGCCAAGUCAUCCUCAGAUGUGUGCACUGCAGUUGACGGUGAAGAGUCCCUGUGUGUAGGGCUGGAGAAUGGUCACUCCGCCUGCGCACGCCGGCCUGUUCAGCACAGCAAGAGUGUGGACACAGUGUGCACUCUCUACCAGUCCUUCCAGGAAGGGACCGGCUCAGGACCUGGGGGUUUGAUGAACGACACCAAGGAACCUCCAGUGAGACAGGGAGGGGCUGCCAUGGGAGAAGCCACUCUGCUCAGACCUUGUCCAAGGCAUAUGAGUGCCACUGAGAGGUUACGCAAGGUCAUCCAGGAACUGGUGGACACAGAGAAGUCCUAUGUGAAGGAUCUGGACUGUUUGUUCGAGAUCUACCUGAAACCCCUGCAGAAUGAAACCUUCCUCACACUGGACGAGAUGGAGAGUCUGUUUGGCAGCCUGCCAGAGAUGUUGGACUUCCAGAGGGUUUUUCUACAGACCCUGGAGGAGAGGAUCGCCUCCUCGCCUGAUUUCAGCACCUUGGAGACCCCCUCACAGUUCAAGAAGCUCCUGUUUUCUCUUGGGGGUUCCUUCCUCUACUACGCUGACCAUUUCAAGCUGUACAGUGGUUUCUGUGCCAACCACAUCAAGGUCCAGAAGGUCCUGGAAAGAGCUAAGACAGAUCAGGCCUUCAAGGAAUUCCUGGAUGCGAGAAACCCCACCAAGCAGCACUCAUCCACCCUGGAGUCCUACCUGAUUAAACCAGUGCAGAGGGUACUCAAAUACCCCCUGCUGCUCAGAGAGCUGGUCUCCCUCACUGAUGCUGACAGCGAGGAGCACUAUCACCUCACCGAGGCUCUGAAAGCCAUGGAGAAGGUAGCCAGCCACAUCAAUGAGAUGCAAAAGAUCUACGAGGAUUACGGCUCUGUGUUUGAUCAGCUAGUCUCUGAGCAGACCGGCCAUGAUAAAGAGGUCACUGAGAUCUCUAUGGGAGAGUUUCUCAUGCAUUCCUCAGUGGUCUGGCUCAACCCGCAUCCAUCGCUGGGCCGCAUGAGAAAAGACCCCGAAAUGACCGUGUUUGUGUUCAAGAAAGCGGUGAUAUUGGUCUACAGGGAAAACAACAAGCUGAAGAAGAAGAUGACCAACCCUCGUUCAGCACUUUCUCACGGAGAUUCGGACCCCUUUAAGUUCCGUUGGCUCAUUCCACUCUCUGCACUGCAGGUCAGAUUGGGAAAUACUGCAGGAACAGGCACAGAAAGCAGUUGCAUCUGGGAGCUGAUUCACUCCAGGUCUGAAGUGGAAGGCAGACCAGAGACCAUUUUCCAGCUGUGUAGCAGUGUGCCAGAGAGCAAAGUCAACAUCAUCAAGGUGAUCCGCUCCAUCCUCAGGGAGAACGUGAGGAGGAACAUGAGGAGCGAGGGCAUGUUGGAGAGGGGCUGUAAGGAGCGCCUGACCCCCCUGCGCUGCACCUUGCCCUCCUCUGCCAGGCUAGGUUCCUCCAGGGCUUCCUGGUUGUGCAGGCAGCCACUUGGAGAUCUCUCCACCCAGACGGGGAUUCCCAAGUUGGGGCCAGACUCAGACGAGGGAAGCCUGAGCAGUGGAACCUACAGUUUGUCCGGAGCUCCUCCACCUUGCACCUCCCCAGACUCGCAUAUCCCGCCUGUCCAGAAGGAGUGGUCUGAGACAUCUGGACCUAACUUGCAGCCAGUCUCCACCUCGGCUGUGAAAGAGUCAGAUAUUUUAAGUGAUGAAGAUGAUGAUGGCUUCAGUGAAGGGGGGGCAAGGAGGGACAGUGGAGACAGCAGUUCCCCAACUAGUGCCAUUGAAGAUCAGUUCCUCCAGCUUCAACUCUCAGAGGACGCUGUGUCAAAAUGUGCACUGGCUCCCUGUGUUCAGCCUGAGGGAGUAGGGGACACUCCAGAAACCCAACCCAAACUGACACGAGGACAUUUUAAUGCUGUUAAAAAGAAACCCAGCAGUUUCAGGAGGAGCAAGGGUGCACUGUUGAACAUGAAGGCGCACAGCAGGUCAUUGGACAGCCAGACAGAUGCAGCAUCUCCAUCAGGGGUAGUGGACCUCAACACGCUGCUGGAGAGAGAGUUCAGCGUCCAAAGUCUGACUUCUGUCGUGAAUGAAGACUGUUUCUAUGACCCAGCUGAUAGCUGUGCCUCUGACUCUGGAAAUACCACCUCCUCGUAGGGGGCAUGAUGGACAGAACAGAACUAUACUGUACCCAGGUCACAAGUUAAUGGUCACAAAGAUCAGAGGUGCCAACCAAAGCCCCUGCGUCACAACAGAGGAAAACACCACCCUCUACACGGAUGGCUGUGAAGCUGUGCCUCAAAUCGGAAGUCAGUUUAGUAAGCCACACACCUGCCUGCUCAGAGUUAGCUGAAAGUGAUCUCUUCUGAUGGAAGCCUGUUGGCUGAUAGAGCCAAGUUUCUUCCCCCAGAGAGGCGAAGCGAGGCGAUUUCUGUCCCAUUGAUAAUGACUGCAAUGAAUCUGUCAAGCACUGCUGCGUUCCUGUGAACUACUCGGUUCUCUGGGCUUUGCCUCCUCACAGCAAAUGGUCUGAGUGACACACUCCCAUUCUAGUUUCCCCUGCAGCUCACACUGAUUGGCAGUUUUUAUUUGGUUUUUGACCUAUUCUAUGAGGAAAUGGGGAGAAUGUCCUUGGUCUGUCAGUUCUAAAAGUUAAAAGAGAAGCGAAGUUCAUAGUGUAUAUAAAGCCACAGGAUACUGCGAUGAAAUAAGUUUGACUUUGUUGAGUUGUUAUUGUGCUACAUAUUUUAGAGUUUUCUGGGCAGCAGGUUUUCACUCAGAGGUCUAGUCUUAAGACUAAAAUAUUCGUUUGUAUUUGGUUUCAGAGAACCAAACACUAUAGGUCACCAAUUAGUACAAAUUACAUUAUUGUUACAAAUUAGAUGAGAUUAGGCACCGAGUGAAGGCUAUAACAGAUUAAUAACAUCCACACAAAGAGUUACGGCGGUCAGGUCAAACUACCUGAGAAGACAUUUGCCUAAGUGAACAGGAAGGACACCGGCCUCCACAACCAAGCCUGUGUGCUGUAUUUUGUGCACUAAAGUACACUGUUUGCCUAUAUAUUUUAAAUAUUUUUUUAUCUGUACAGGUUUAAUGUAAUUAAUGCUGUUUUUAUUUAUUAAUAGGUUUGAUUAUGUAUAUCUUAGCGAAGUAACUUUUUGGGUGAAGGCUUGAACCGCUGACUAAAGAUUUGGUCCAUAAGUAAAUAAAAAAGAUGCAAUACAGCGUUUUUUCCACUUAAUUUUAAAUGUAGCCUACUGGAUUUUGGUUCUUUUGCUGAAGAUUGUAAUUUCCAGUGUAUGCACUGGAAAGUGUUUUUGAGAUAUGGCUGCUUCACUGAAUGAUUUAAACUGCAAUAACGUUUAAACUCCGACGUUUCUCUUUAUGUGUCCUGUGUAUAUAAUCUUUUCUAUCUUUGAAACAUUUACUUAUUCUACUUGACUCUGUACAGGUAAGAAACAAGGCAGGAAUUAGCAAUAAAUACAGCUGAUAUUUUUGUAAAAUGUUUUGUUUGCCAUUGCAUAAAGUACAUGUUGAGGUACUAUAAAAAGGCAAACCACUACGACAUUCUUUACCUUCUCAGCUCAACCUUAUCAUGCCUUUAAUGCUAGUAUACCAAUGAAUGUGAAUGGCCCAUUCUUAUAGAAUUGUUUUAUAAAUAAAAGUUUUAUCUGUGAA